AUGUCACAGCUUCCCUCGAUCAACACCAGCCUGCCGGAGACACCACUGCAACCAUCGCCACCACCGCCACCACCACCACCACCGCUGCCUGACAUGUCGCUGUGCGAGAUUUACCUGCAGUCUCCGGACCAGAAUUUCGCCAGCCAGAUGCCGUGGUUCUGUAUGUGCUCUACCUGCACCCACAAAAAAGGGGAGAAAGGCGAGAGAGGAGACCGCGGAAUACAAGGAAAUCCAGGCCUUUCCGGACCAAAAGGGCCGACUGGUUUUGGUGGGCCACAGGGAAAUGUUGGCAUGCAAGGGAUAAAGGGUGAGAAAGGUGACAGUGGAGACAAAGGAGAUUUCGGUCUGGUGGGAUCCAUGGGCUCCAAAGGGGAACAAGGAAUCAAAGGUACUAAGGGGGAUCCGGGCAUAAAUGGGCCAAUAGGUGACCCGGGCCCCAAAGGAGACCCCGGCCAGUGCCCACAGGUCCGUGAUAUCUUUCAGGGGCCACCGGGUGAAACAGGUCUACCUGGCCCUGUGGGUGCACCUGGCUUACCUGGGGAAAAUGGACAACCAGGUCCCAGAGGGCUGAAGGGUGACCAGGGUGUAAUUGGUGCCCCCGGCACUCCAGGUGUGAUGGGUCAGAAAGGUGAACACGGUAUAGAAGGCAAUUGCAACUGCCAGAACGGAACCAAGGGUGACACAGGGCUUGAAGGAUCUAAGGGCAACAAGGGGGAUGUGGGCGUGGCCGGUCAGCAGGGCAAUGAGGGGCAGAAGGGGCAGAAAGGGGAACAGGGAGAUAUGGGCAUGAUGGGGAUACCCGGCCCCUGCACCCCCAUCGUCCAGUCAGCAUUCUCCGUUGCACUGACUGGGUCCUUCCCACCGCCCAGCCAGCCGGUGUCGUUCCUGAAAGUUAUAUACAACCUGCAGCAGCACUACAACCCCACGGCAGGCAUCUACACUGCCCCCAUCAACGGCACCUACGUCUUCAGCUACAACCUCGUCGCCUCCACCCGCGCCCUCAAGGUUGGCCUGUUCUGGAACUUCCUGCCCGUCGUGAAGACCACACAGACGACGGAUUUGGGCACCACUUCGCAGCAGGUGGUGCUACACCUGAGCAUGGGUGACUGGGUUUGGCUGCAGGUGCGAGACAGCAACAGCAACGGAAUGUUCACCAACAGCGAGGCAAGCAGCACCUUCAGUGGGUACCUACUCAACCCAGACAGCUGUGAUAUGAUAAUGAGCAGAGAAGUCAGCAACCCCGUAAUACCAGACACCUUCCCUUGGGAUGACUCCUAAGAUCUAAGAUCACUUAGGGUGCCACACUGAAACCUCCUCUUAAUCUGAUUAUGUAUCCCAAACCCUACUUUUAAUCUGAACCCUAAUAUCUAAACUGUAACAGCUUAAAGGGUAAAUACCAAAGUUCAGAUCAGUUUCACGAUAUCCGAAAUGGGAUUAGAAUUUAAUAUAGGCAACAAAACUUCAGGGAACAGAACUGCAAAAAUAUAUAUGAAGCUCUCUCUCUCUCUCUACGUAUAUGAGAGAGAGAUGUUUCCAAUAGACUGAUGACAUAAAUGCUCUGUUUCACUCAAAAGUAGACUCGAUUAAAAGCAUGCAUUUAAUAAAAUAAUUUCGAAG